AUGGCUGAUUUAUUUGAUUUGGCAAAUUUGAUAACCAACGUUGGUGUUGAUGCUGUUAAAAUAAAACAAGAGCCUGACAUGCCAGAAAAAUCGUCAAAUCAAAUACUUACCGAGCUGUUUAGCACGUUUGAUGUUGAUGAGGGUAUCGAAUCGCCGGUAAAUGACGAGGAGGAUGAUGAUGAUAGCAAUGACGGUGAUGACACCACGGAUAAAGUCAAAAAGAAGAAGAAAAAGAGUAAGAAAAAACAUAAACAUAAGGAUAAAAAACACAAAAAGCGUAGUAGAAAAAAUUCAUCAGACAGUGGUAGCGAAUGCGAAGUCGAUGGUGUCAAGAAAAAAAAGAAGCACAAGAAAAAGUUGAAGCGAAAAAAAUCAACAGAUUUAAGCGACUCGUCGAAUUCAGACGAGCCUAAAGUUAAGAUAAAAAAAGAGUUACUUUCACCGGAAAAUACUAGAAAAAAUAAAAUUGACCGAGCCCUCAAUUUUAAAAUUGAUCAUCCUCAAACAGUAUUUGACUUAGUGUCUAAUGUUGUGUCUAAAAAGGAACAAAGCGACAAAGAGUUGAAUGAUGGUAAAUUAAGUGCUUUAAAAAGUCCAGAAUUACCACCUUUUUCUAAAAAAGUUGAUGAUGAAUCCGAGCCUGUAGCUCCAAGAUUACUGGAAAAAACAGACCAACCUACCAAAGGAAAAAUACUAAUAAAAGAUCUAAAAAAUAGUUUAAUAUACAACGAAACGGUGAAAGAAGUUGAGAAUAAAAAAAAAGAAAAGGCUGCGCGUAUGGAGGAUGGCGAAAUAUCAGACAGUAAUUCAGAGAAUCGAACUCCAACAUUGAGUCCAUCGCCACAACCACAAGAUUCUUUUGAUUCAAUAGAUGAUACAGUUGCGCGAUCUAGCCAUCAAGUUAAGGAUCUUAGAUUAGUAUUAAAACACAAGGAAAAAAUUAAAAAGUCGCGUGAUCGUAAAGGAAGUCGAGAAGACCGUGAGUCCCGAUCACAUAAUGACGAGACGAAGGACCGAGGAAGAAGUCACCAUCACGACCGCAAAGACAAACAUCGAAGUACCAGUAGUCACUCGAAAGACAGGAAAUCAGAGUCUACGCACUCACACUCGCGUAGACGCAGCAGGAGUCGAGGAUGGGAACAUCACAGGACUAGGAGUAAUGAGCGCAGGUAUAGAGACAGAAGCACUGAUAGAAGGUCGACUCGUAGUCGAGAAAGAAGUCGAUACUCCAAUGGACGAUGCAGGAGUGAAGAUAAAGGAUGGGAUAGAUCUUUUAGAGGUCGCAGUCGCAGUAAAGAGAGAAAGGAAAGGAUAGAAAUUGAUAAAAAGAAAUUAUUAGAAAUUGCGAGGAAAAAUGCUAUUAAUAUGAUCAAGCGAGGAGCAUUGCCGUUAGCACAACAGGAUAAAGCAAUAGCUGCUAUUCAAGCUGGUGGAAAAUCUGUUGAUGAACUCAUUGAUUUUUGCAAAUCGCUCUCGAAAUCAGAAGCUCUUGGUGAACUAUCAAGUGUUUCGUCAGACGAAGGAGCAAGUGAGACAGAGAAAGGUUUUCAUCAUCCAUUUUUACUAAAAGAAAGACCUAAUUCUAUAAUAAUGAAUAUCAGAGACUCAAAACAACUUCCUACGAAAACUUUUCAAGAGCGAACAACGGAAUCGUCUACUCAAUUGCGAUUACAAUUCCCAGUAUCGAGUGGUCAGCAGCACAGAAAAACUGAAAAUGAGUGGAUAGACGUAACACCAGUGCCGCCGGUUAAAAAACCCGAGCCUAAGAAGCCUUUCGUAUCGGCCUCUGUACAAGUACAAACUCCAGCGUUUACCAUAAUACCUCCGAUUAAUACACAACUACCGGCAGCAAAUGCUCAAGCUCUAGUUCCAGUUUCACUUCCAGCGCCAACGCCAGUUCCAGCUCCAGUUCAAACUGUUACUACGGCUCCUGCUGUUGCUGUUGCUCCGAUUCCAACGCCAGUUCCUCCAGUUGCCAUGAUACCCGCACCCGUUGAAAUGCCGACAAUUGCACAACCGAUGCUUCAAGCACCCGCUAAUUCUGUCUUUCCUCAACCUCCAGCUGAAAAUAUUGAUAUAGGAACAAUUGUUUCUCAACGAUUAGCGGCGAUGAGAAAGCUCAAAGAAAAUCCAAAUGAUGUCCAAGCGUUAAAUGAAAUUUAUCAAGCUCAAAAUGAAAUGAAAACAUGGGCAGAAAGUAAACAGAUGCCAGGUCAGUUUACUGGUAGCACUGGAGUAAAAGUUCUCUCAGCAGCAGAAUUAACUUCAGGCUAUCAAACUUGGGCUCGCAAGGAUCAAUUGACCUCCGCGACACCCGUGUCGGGUGGCAUGGGUAUGGCAUUGCUACAAAAAAUGGGCUGGCGACCUGGUGAAGGCUUAGGAAAGAACAAAGAAGGUACACUGGAGCCUUUGCAAUUAGAAAUUAAGCUCGAUAAACGCGGGCUCGUUUCUCAUCAAGACGUUGGCGUCAGAACGGGAAAAAAUCCAGGGAAACCUGUCGUACCAACUAUUAAAACCCUAGAAGGUAAACAUCCUGUUUCAUUGCUUGGUGAAUACUGCUCAAAGAGGAAAUUUGGUGCGCCAGUUUACGAGCUCUGCUUUGAAUGUGGACCCGACCACAAGAAAAAUUUCUUGUUCAAGGUCAAAGUGAACGGUAUUGAAUAUAAGCCUAGUGUAGCAAGUCCGAAUAAGAAACAAGCCAAGGCCGAAGCUGCACAAAUUUGCCUUCAAACACUUGGCUUACUCCCCACUUAA